AUGUCUCACUUGACCUACUACACGUACCAAGGCUUCGGGUCAGACAACCUCAAGUCACAUGCGUACAAUCAAGCUGUGCGCAUGGAAAAUCAAAUCUUCAUUUCUGGUCAAGGUGGCCACGACAGAGUCACUGGCAAACAUUCUAGGGAUAUCGACGAGCACAUUGACCAAGCAUUCGAAAACGUCGACUUUGUCUUGAGAGAUGCUGGUGGGAAGGGCUGGGAGCAGGUCUUCAUCGUGAGGUCAUACCACAUUCACCUCACCGAUGAGGCACAGGCAGCAAUGGUCAGAAACUUCAAAAAAUGGAUGCCAAACCAUAAGGCGCUUUGGACCUGUGUGGGGGUUACGAGACUAGGGUCGGGUGGCAUGCAGGUCGAAAUUGAGGUCGUAGCUCACGACCCUGAAGGGGCUGCGGCAGCAAAAGCAAAGGAACAAGCUUGA